AGAACUUUAGAAUCUUGGUGCACUUGGCUGGCCUUGUUUGACAUUGACAAAAUCUCAAAUUUACUACUAUAGCUUAAACCAUAAGAAAUUUCGCAAAGAUCCCACAGUUCCAAGCGGUCUACCCUCUUUUGGGUUCUUUGCAGGGAUCAGUUGCUUUCCAAUAUUUUGUCCUGUAUGAACAUGGGUUUUGAUGCGCACUUUGGAUCCAACAGUACAGAGGAAGCUGAUUUCAGGGUGUUUUUAAUUCUUGGAGGAGGGAUUGUGUCCUCCGGAAGAGCUCUUUAUGGGGUCUGAAACUAGACAUUGCGGUUAGAAGUUUAAAAGUCGAAGGCAAUGGCCGGUGGUAGGAAAAGGAAGCACCAUUUCGGCCGAAUCCACACUUCUUCGAGCGGGAAAGACUCCUUCUUCGGCGAGCAUUUCCUGAUCGGAGGGCCCGGCUUUUCGAGAGUGGUGUUUUGCAAUGACCCGGAUUGCAUCGAGGCCGGUAAUCAGAAGUAUGCUGGUAAUUAUGUGAGGAGCACUAAGUACACGCUUGCCACAUUCCUUCCCAAGUCAUUCUUCGAGCAGUUCAGGAGGGUGGCCAACAUAUAUUUCCUCCUUUGCGCUUUGUUAUCUUUCACUCCGAUGUCUCCUUACUCUGCCGUCAGCAAUGUCCUUCCUCUAGUUGUCGUUAUUGGAGUCACGAUGGCCAAGGAGAUUAUCGAAGAUUGGCAGAGGAAGAAGCAGGAUAUUGAGGUGAACAAUAGGAAGGUAAAAGUGCAUAAUGGUGAUGGUGUUUUCAACGAUACUAAAUGGCGAGAUUUGAAAGUUGGAACUGUUGUGAAGGUAGAGAAGGAUGAAUUCUUCCCAGCUGACCUGAUCUUACUCUCAUCCAGUUACGAUGAAGCAAUUUGCUAUGUCGAGACCAUGAAUCUUGAUGGAGAAACCAACUUGAAGCUAAAACAAGCACUCGAUGCAACUUCGAAAUUGCAAGAGGACUCAGACUUUCUAAAUUGUAAGGCCAUGAUUAGAUGUGAAGACCCGAAUGCGAAUUUGUACUCUUUCAUUGGGACCUUGGAUCUUGGGCAAGAACACCACCCUCUAAGUCCUCAGCAACUUCUGCUAAGGGACUCAAAGCUACGUAACACAGAUUACGUCUAUGGGGUGGUCAUUUUCACAGGUCAUGACACGAAGGUCAUUCAGAAUUCAACUGCACCGCCCUCCAAGAGAAGCAAGAUCGAGAGAAGAAUGGAUAAAAUUGUGUACUCUUUAUUCGCUUUCUUGGUUCUUCUCUCUAUCAUUGGCUCGAUAUUCUUUGGAAUUUCUACCAGUCAUGACCUUGGAGGUGAAUUUAUGACAAGGUGGUAUCUACGACCAGAUGAUACGACAAUCUACUAUGAUCCCAAAAGAGCGGUGAUUGCAGCCUUAUUGCAUUUUUUGACAGCACUAAUGUUGUACAGCUAUUUCAUCCCCAUUUCCUUGUAUGUGUCCAUAGAGAUCGUGAAGGUUCUUCAAAGCAUCUUCAUUAAUCGAGAUCUGCUUAUGUACUAUGAGGAAGGAGACAAGCCUGCUCAGGCCCGUACCUCGAAUUUGAAUGAAGAACUAGGCCAGGUUGACACAAUUCUUUCCGAUAAAACCGGUACUUUGACCUGCAAUUCCAUGGAAUUCAUAAAGUGUUCAGUGGCUGGUACUGCCUAUGGCACCGGAAUCACGGAAGUUGAAAGGGCUGUUGCCUGGGGAAAAGGGUCGUCUUUAGAUGAAGAGGUGGCAGGAGAGGAAGUCCAUACUGAGGACAAGACAUCUGUAAAGGGAUUUAAUUUCACUGAUGAAAGGAUUAUGAAUGGUAACUGGGUAAAUGAGCCUCGGGCAGAUGUCCUCCAGAAGUUCCUGCAAUUGUUAGCAAUUUGCCACACUGCAAUCCCAGAAGUGGAUGAAGAAACAGGAAGAAUCUCAUAUGAAGCCGAAUCACCAGAUGAGGCGGCAUUUGUGAUUGCAGCAAGAGAACUUGGUUUUGAAUUUUUUGAGAGGACUCAGACAAGCAUCUCAGUGCGUGAAUUAGACCUGACGUCUGGAAAAAAAGUGGAAAGAACCUAUAAGCUGUUAAGUAUCUUGGAGUUCAGUAGCUCGAGGAAGCGGAUGUCUGUAAUUGUGAGGAAUGAGGAGGGGAAGCUAUUACUGCUCACUAAAGGAGCCGACAGUGUCAUGUUUGAGAGACUUUCAGAAACUGGAAGCGAAUAUUUAAAACAGACAAAGGAGCACGUAAAUGAAUAUGCCGACGCAGGUUUGAGGACAAUGGUGCUAGCAUAUCGUGAGCUUAAUGAGGAUGAGUACAGUGAGUUCAAUGAAGCAUUUGCAGCUGCAAAGAAUAUAGUUAGCGCCGAUCGCGAGGAAGAGAUUGAGGCAGUUGAAGAAAGGAUCGAGAAGGAUUUAAUUCUCCUGGGGGCUACAGCUGUCGAGGAUAAACUUCAAAAUGGGGUUCCUGAUUGCAUUGACAAACUUGCUCAAGCUGGAAUCAAGAUGUGGGUUCUCACAGGAGACAAGAUGGAGACGGCGAUCAAUAUUGGCUUUUCCUGUAGCUUGCUUAGACAAGGAAUGAAGCAGAUAAUAAUCAACUCUGAGACACCGGAGUAUAAGUCCUUGGAGAAAGCAGGGGACAGUUCUGCCACUGCUGCGGCAGUCAAGGCAAGCGUCCUCCGUGAUAUAAGUGAAGGCAAAGCUUUGCUUGAUGCAUCUAGGGAAAGCCCUGACGUUUUGGCAUUGAUCAUCGAUGGCAACUCGCUUACUUAUGCUCUGGAAGACGAUGCCAAGGACAUGUUCCUCGACCUUGCCAUUGGCUGUGCAUCUGUUAUUUGCUGUCGCUCAUCUCCCAAACAGAAAGCAUUAGUCACAAGGCUGGUUAAACUCAGAACAGGCGGUACCACUUUAGCGAUUGGCGAUGGCGCAAAUGAUGUAGGAAUGCUUCAGGAAGCAGAUAUUGGAGUUGGCAUCAGCGGAUUUGAAGGAAUGCAGGCUGUUAUGUCCAGCGACAUUGCGAUUGCGCAGUUCCGAUUUCUGGAAAGGUUGCUACUUGUCCACGGGCAUUGGUGUUACAGAAGGAUGUCAUCAAUGAUCUGCUAUUUCUUCUACAAGAACAUUGCCUUUGGCUUCACGCUCUUCUACUUCGAGGCCUAUGCCGCAUUCUCUGGAGAAACCGCUUACAAUGAUUGGUAUCUCUCGUUUUACAACGUUUUCUUCACCUCACUCCCCGUAAUUGCCCUCGGAGUAUUCGACCAAGACGUCUCAGCUCGCUUAUGUCUCAGGUUCCCACUUUUAUACCAAGAAGGCGUGCAAAACAUGCUAUUCAGCUGGAGCAGAAUCCUUGGAUGGGCGUUAAACGGAGUCCUCAGUGCCACUUGCAUCUUCUUCUUCUGUGUCUGCGCCGUGGAGACUCAAGCAUUUAGGAAAGGAGGUGAAGUGGUCGGCUUCGAAAUCCUUGGAACGACGAUGUACACCUGCGUCGUUUGGGUCGUCAACUGCCAGAUGGCGCUAUCAAUCAACUACUUCACAUACAUUCAACAUCUCUUCAUCUGGGGAGGGAUUAUAUUUUGGUACAUAUUCCUCCUAGCGUACGGAGCUAUGGACCCUGAAAUAUCCACGACCGCCUAUAUGGUCUUCUUCGAGGCAUGCGCGCCCGCUUUCUCCUUUUGGCUCAUCACACUCUUCGUUCUGGUCUCAUCGCUCCUGCCGUAUUUCAUUUACUCGGCCGUUCAAAUGCGGUUUUUCCCAAUGUACCAUCAGAUGAUACAUUGGAUAAGGAAUGAUGGGCAAUCAGACGAUCCUGAAUACUGUCGACUGGUGUGCCAGAGAUCAUUGAAGCCCACCACAGUCGGUUUCACUGCUCGUUAUGAGGCGACAUCAAAACGCUUCGAGGAGAUCAAGGCUGAAGAAGAAUGAAGAGAUUCUUUCUUUUUGUAGACUAUUAUUAGGAUACUUUGUUAGCAAGUAUUAAGGUCUUUAAGCGUGUAUACCACGAGAGAUCAACUCUCGAGCCGCUUUUUCUCAAAGGAGGUUCGCAAGAUGACGGUCCCAACUGUGAUUGCGCUGCUGUGACCUCCUGCAACAUUUUUUCAGCUCCAAGACAAUUAUUUGAUGUUUUGGAAGCAUGGAGAGACAUUGGACAGGA